AUGAACGUCGGUCGUCCCGUGUACACCGCCAUCACUCAAAAACUCACGCGCGCGCUCGCGCCCGCGUCCCUCGUCGUCAUCGACGAGAGCGCGGCGCACGCCGGGCACGUCGGGAAUCCCGCGCGCGGGGACCCGAGCGCGGAGACGCACUUCAAGGUGGAGAUCGUGAGCGAGGCGUUCGAGGGCAAGCGCCAGGUGCUUCGACACCGCAUGAUUUACGACGCGCUCAGCGAGGAGAUGGAUAACCCGAUUCACGCCCUACAGCUCAAGACGAAGACGCCGAGCGAGGCGAAUUGA